GGAAGACCGGGAGGAGGAGCCGAGUGCGGCGGCCGCUGCGGCCGCCGGGGGAGCCGAGAGCCGGGGCGCGGGGAGCGCGGGGAGCCGAGCGGGCGCCCGAGCCGGGGCCGCGGGCCGAGCUGCCGAUUGGCCAACGGCUCGUUUCCACCCUGCCUCGUUGGUGGCCACUGGAGAAGCGCGGGGGGCUCCCCAGACAGCCGUGGGGACAAGUUAGAGCCAGCACUUUGCCCCGGGCCUCGCGUGUAGCUUCCCCGUCCCCUGCUCUCGGCGCCCCGGUGUCCAGAGGGGGGUGCGGGUGCGGGGGUGUGCCCUCCGUACAUGUCCCACCACCAGGGCCACCCUCCGGGCUUGUGUUCCAUCUCGCUCUUGCUUCCUGCACGGUGGUCGCGGGGAACCACCUUGCAUCAUGUCCCGGUAUAGCUACCAAAGUCUCCUGGACUGGCUCUAUGGGGGCGUGGACCCCAGCUUUGCAGGCAAUGGGGGCCCCGACUGUGCUGCCUUCCUCUCUUGGCAGCAGCGGCUGCUGGAAAGUGUGGUGGUCCUGACCCUGGCCCUGUUGGAGAUCCUGGUGGCCCUGCGGCACAUCCUGAGGCAGACGAAGGAGGACGGUAGGGGUGGCCGUGGCUGCCAGCCAGAGCAGGUGACCCAGCGGCCAGAGGAAGGCAAAGAGAGCCUGAGCAAGAAUCUGCUCUUAGUAGCCCUGUGCCUGACCUUCGGGGUGGAGGUGGGCUUUAAGUUCGCCACCAAGACCGUCAUCUACCUGCUCAACCCCUGUCACCUGGUCACCAUGAUGCAUAUCUUUCUACUGGCCUGCCCUCCAUGUCCGGGAGCUAUCGUCAUCUUCAAGCUACAGAUGCACAUGUUGAAUGGAGCUCUUCUGGCCCUGCUGUUUCCUGUGGUAAAUACACGGCUGCUCCCCUUUGAAUUGGAGAUUUACUACAUCCAGCAUGUUAUGCUCUACGUGGUGCCCAUCUAUCUGCUUUGGAAAGGAGGUGCCUACACCCCGGAGCCCCUCAGCAGUUUCCGGUGGGCCCUUCUCUCGACUGGCCUCAUGUUCUUUUAUCACUUCAGCAUCUUGCAGAUCCUGGGCCUGGUCACCGAAGUGAAUUUGAACAACAUGCUGUGUCCGGCCAUCUCAGACCCAUUCUACGGCCCCUGGUACCGCAUCUGGGCCUCGGGACACCAGACUCUCAUGACCAUGACCCACGGGAAGCUGGUUAUCCUGUUCUCAUACAUGGCUGGGCCCUUGUGUAAAUAUCUGCUGGAUUUGCUCCGGCUUCCAGCCAAGAAAAUAGACUGAAGGUGCUUGCGGGGUUUUUGUUUUUGUUUUUUUCUUUUGUUUUGGGGUGCUUUGGUUUUUUUUUUCCUUUUUUUUUUUUUCUUCUCCCCCUGAGGAAACAAGUCCUGACUUGACUUGGAGGACACCCAGUUCUUGAUGAAAUCAUGGGAGAGGGCAGUAGGGUGUUUGGUGUAUUUCUCUCCUCCCUCCCACCCCCGUCCCUUUCUUCCAGCACUUUUUCCUUCACCAGCUCUUCCCCCAGGACGGAGGCUCCGAGAGCCUGGUGGGGGUGGUAGCGCUGAGGGCCAGACCUUUCCUCCUCCCCUCUGGCGCUCUCUCCCUGCUCCUAGUGGCCUUACAUGGGGAGACGGUAGUCAGUGGCUGUCACUCUGCUUGUUGGUGCUUUAACAACAGCUGGUUGAGGAGAAAGGGAACAACAAGCAGCAGGAGUUGUUUGGGCGUCGAAGCAAUGCGAUUGGGUUGUGUUUCAUUUCUCCACUGCCAGGGACCUCCAGCCUUUGGCCGGGGGUCCCCUUCUGCCUCCAGCACAGCCCCCGCCAUGAGGGGACUGAGGCCUUGUUUCUAUACCAGCGGCAAGCCCAGAGCCAAGGGAUUUCCCAGCUCGUAGCCAAAAUAGAACUGGCCAGAUUCUUCCCACUAGUGUCCCAUGACUCAAAGCAAGCAGCCAACCAGCCACUCCCUCCAGGAUACUGCCAGCCGUGGGAGGUGGGGGCGCUACCCAGCCCAGGGGCUAGAUCCUACUGAGCCCUGUUGCAGUGGCAAAUCCAAAGUAAACAAGGUUGAAAUGCCCACUGGCUCAUACUAGGCAGGACCUUGGGUAAAUUCUGCCUGAGAGCUGAGAGGUGACCCACAUCCCAAUCAGAAGUGAGCACAGCAAUUAAUCAACAGAAGUGGUAACUCGAGAAACCUGUGAUGUGAAUCAUAUGCUUGCGUUCAGUUUAAUGUUGAUAAUAGAUGGUGUUUUCAUUGUGAGUGCCCCUUAAAUGUCUCUCUCUCUCUUUUCAAAAGGCAGCUUCAGGGCAGGAUGAGCUAGAGUUGGGUUUGUUUUUGGUUUUUUUUUUUUUUUGGCUUUUUUUGGGUUGUGUUUGCUUGUUCCUUUGUUUUUUUUGUUGUUGUUGUUUUGUUUUUGUUUUUGAUGUGUGCAUUUGGAGAAGCCCUGCGUUAGGGCCUGUCUCUGGAGGGACUCCUGUCGGCCCACUCGGUGGUUUGACAGGCUCUGUCAGCAUCCCGGGUUUGGAAGAUACAGAUCCUGCAGCCUCGUUUGCAUAGGGCCAGAUGUCAGUCACUGUGCCAAAAGGCAGAGCGGAAUUGCUUAGGGCGGGAGGCAUCGCAGGCUGUGCACCCUGCCCACCCCCAAAGUCCAUGUCUAGGUUGAAAGGGCCGCACCAAGGAAUCAGGUCCACAAGGGUGGAGGAGGUUCAAGAGCUCUGAGAGGAAGUCAUUGUGUUGCAAGACAGCUUCAGUCCUACCUGGCCCUCAAGAAGGGAGGCCGUGGCUGGGUGUCUGCUGACUCUUCCGUGGCUCUUCUGAGAGUAGAUUUCUUAAGCACGGAAAAGGUCGUCCCCUGACCUCCUGAUGGGCCUCCCUCCCCUCUCCCAGUCCAGGCAAGCCAGUUGUCCCCGGGUCUCUUCGGUAUUUCAGGUGUUGCCUGUGUCAGACCCAGACUGAGUUGUAGUGGUUCAGCGGUCAUGAGUUUAGCAGGUGGGCCUGCGGCGGGCAGCGGAGUGGAAGGGCGCCUCUCUGAAGAAGGCAGGGCCUUGCCCCUUGGCAGAGGCGCGCCGGCACCGAGGCCGCCAGUCCCUCUGGUGUGGGCUUGCAGGAGGGAGGGACACUGAGUGCUCUGGCUCCCCAUGGGCCCCUCGUGAUGCAUACCCUCAUUUUCUGCCACCUUGGAGGGUUUGGCCGAGUUUUUCUUAGUGCCGCUCAUCCCAGGCUCGCCCUGGCGGAGGCACCUCUUGAGUGGCCGGAUUUGCUCCGCCCACCAGCCACAUGGGGGCGUGGCUAAGGAGGAAAUGUGCCAGGUCGGGGGUCCGUGCCCACGACCUCUUCACAAAAGGAAAGGUGUGAAGGAGGAGCCCCCGGGGGCCUGUCCUCUCCCCUGCCAGAAUGUCCCCGGCCAGAACAGAGUCUCCGCCUCAGCCGGGGGCCAGCUGGCCAGGCACAUUGGCAGAGCGGCCCUGUGGGCUCGCUCUCUCCCUCCCUGUUGCCAUGGUCCGGUGCCGGGGGCCAGUCGGCCCCAGCUUUGCUCGCGCUGGCCGGUCUCUAAAAGCUCACCUUUGCCCUGGCUGCAGCUCAGCGCCCCACACCGGCUGGCACUUUGCUGCUGCCUGGAAGGAAAGAAGAAAGUGGAAGCCACGUGCCUGGCUUGGUCAGGCCAGAGGCAGGUGUACCUGCCCAGGGCAGGGGGAAGCCAAGGGGAGGGAGAUGCAGGACUUCUGGGGGCCAGGCUGGCUCCCGAACAUGUAGGGGGGGAGGAACGGAGAGAAGCCCUGGCCACGGGCGCCAUGGGGAGUCGCGGCCUGCUUUUGAGGUCCUGGGGGAGCAGCCGGCAUCUCGGUUGGUCUGUCCUUGAGGCCCAUGUGGAGAGGUGACCUGGCCAGACCCUCAGCGGCCUGCCUAGGGGGUGCCCCUCCAGCCCCGCUUCCCUGUGAGUGCACAGGGGGUUCCCCAACCAGCCUGGCCAAGUUUCCACAUGCUCUUUGCCAGCGUGUGGGAGCUCUGUGUGUGUCUGAGAGGGUGUUUGUGGAAGCUUCUUUUAAACCGGCCCUGGGAAGGGAGAGGAGUGUUCCUUCCAGCCCCCAGGUAGCCUCGGCUCAGGAUCUGGGCCCAUGAGAACAGUGUGCUCAGCUGGCCAACUCGCAGCAUCAGCUCACGGUCACAGAGAGAAGGUCAUGCCUGCUCGCGGCUCCCCCUACCCCACCCCCGUAUUUGGUUCCUUACACCAAAGAUGAUCGGGCCCAUCUUCUUCCCGGAGGCCCAGGGCCACGUUCCUCUGUCAGCUUGCGAGGAAGCCACCGCCUCAGUCUCCCAAGCCAACCGUCUCCCUCUCUCCUGGGACUUCUCAGCAUCCACAGAAGCUGCUCGCAGGGCGGUCGGUUCCCUUUCUCAUUCGGUCCCAAGUCCAGCUCCAUAAUCAUCCCUCUGGCUGCAGCCUCCAUCGGGCCUUGGUUCUUCGUGCUUGUCGAUAUAAUGCAGUGUUUUGUGGUGCGAGUGCAGCUGCCCACACAUACAUCGCAGGGUAUCAGCACGUCUCUGUGUGCUGGUGGUGGGUCUGGGCUGACAGAAGCCCCUCCCUACCUCUCCCUCGGCCAAAACGACUGUCUCGGACGCCCAUCCCGAGUCAUCCAAAGUGGAGAAGGGGAGGUGGGUGAGGGGAGAAGGGCUGGUGUGGCACUGCCCUGGCCUACUGGGAAGGAGCGCCCUCACUGCACACCCCGCCCUGCCCUCUGGGCGGCGGGUUGGGGUCCUGAGAGGGAACGAGCCUUGCUCUUCUGUAUAUAGAGUCGAGCCACUCCUGCUCAGGAAAACCUAGUCGCUUGUCGUUGCCCUUGUGACAUUUUUGUACACUGGUUUGCUACUCGUGGCAUGAAACAAACAAAACAGAGGCGUUUUUCAAGCCAAGCUGUUGUUUUGGAAACCCGCUUUCUUUCAGUGUCAGUUUUGUAUUAUAUUUGGAAGAAUUCUUCAUUUCUCUUGGUGUCAUUGUGGUAGACAGGAUAGGAUAGUCUGACUUGUGAUUCUUUCUGCCAGGAAAAUGGCAGUGCCUCUGUCAUUCCCCCCACCCCCACCCCAGUCCUUCCUCAUUCCCAAGGUGGGAUUGCUAUGCACUGGGCAGACACCCUCCCCAACCCCCAUCACCCUGUCACCCGCCCCCCACAGUGGCUUCCUUUCGAACCAGCCUUUGUGCCCCUGCUCCCCCUCCCCCCAAAAAAGGCUGCAGGAUGAGUAUUUUUGCCAAGCUGGUUCUUGGGUGCUCUGUGCCCGCCACCAGUUUGCUCACCUCUUGGGGCAUUUUGUAAUGUUUUCUGUUUUGUAAAAGCUUUUGAUUGUACUGAAAUGGUUUCUGCGGUCACCUUUGGAAAUAAAUGGUCAUUAAUUUGUGUACUUAGCAUUCUGAAUUUUAGUCUGAGGUGUUUCUGUUGUUGAAGAUCCCUGAAUGAAAAGGAACCCUCACCACGGGACUUUACUGUUAAAUCUUUCCUUCAUUUACUGUUAUUAAAAGAUUUAUGAGAA